CAAGGUUUCAUAAUCGAUUCAGCCAUCAACGAGGACGGAGUGAAGGUUACCUGCUUCAACAGUGCUUGAACGGCAACCGAUCUUCUGUCUUUAUCAUCCACCCUGUUUGAUUCCAAUCAGUAGCGUAAGUUAGAUUUAGACGCUUGCUUUAACAAAAGAUAUCAACGCGGACCAGCGUCGACGACUAUCUGUACCAAAAACAACGGACGAUCAGUAAAAAUCUAACUGAAGAAACAUGACCUCUCAGGUGAGACAGAACUACGAAGAGGCCUGUGAGGCGGCCAUCAACCGCCAGGUCAACAUGGAGCUGUACGCGUCCUACGUCUACCUAUCCAUGUCUUACUACUUCGACAGAGAUGACCAGGCCCUGGCCAACUUCGCAAAGUUUUUCCGCCACCAGUCCCAGGAAGAGCGAGAACACGCAGAGAAACUGAUGAAAUUCCAGAACCAGAGGGGAGGGAGGAUCUUUCUGCAGGACGUGAAGAAACCAGAGAAGGAUGAGUGGGGAAGCGCCGUGGAAGCCCUUGAAUGCGCCCUGCAGCUGGAGAAAAGCGUCAAUCACUCUCUCUUGGAGUUGCAUAAGGUCGCCUCUCAACACACCGACCCUCACAUGUGCGAUUUCAUUGAGACACACUACUUGGACGAGCAGGUGAAGUCCAUCAAGGAACUGGGAGACUGGGUGACCAACCUGCGCCGCAUGGGCGCCCCCCAGAACGGCAUGGCCGAGUACUUGUUCGAUAAGCUCACGCUUGGCAAGGAGAGCGACUAAAGCAUGAGUCAGUCAUUUCCAAUGCGACUAGAGUUCUUUAGGUGUUUAUUAGGCUUCAAGCCAUCAUACACUAUUUCCUCUUGUUUAAUUGACAGGUAAACUCUUGUGUCCAGUUUUUUUGUUAGCAAAAACAUCUGUUAGCUUUCUCGCUUUGCUAUUUAAAAUGGCACUUUUUUAACAGCCAUUACACUCUCUCCAACUCCUUCUUGAAUGACAUAACCUGCAUGUGCUUGUGUGACGUCAAUGCUUGUACUCCAAAUCAAUUAAACCGAGGCCUCUGGGAUCUGAA